AUGAAAGUUGCUUUGCCUUUAUUCAAACGUUCGGUCUGGAAGGGACCCUAUAUUGUGCCUUUGCCUAUAGGAAAUGCAUUAAAGACUGGAAAUCCAAUAAGAACAAACGCUAGGUCUUGUACCAUCAUCCCGCAGUUUGUUGGUGUUAAAUUUCAAGUUCACAAUGGUAAAGAAUAUGUUCCAAUAUCGAUUACACAAGAAAUGGUGGGUUUCAAAUUAGGUGAAUUUGUUCCUACAAGAAAGAAGUUCAAGUACAAUUUAACCAAGAACUAA